AUGGAAAUUCACCGUAGCGCCAUGGCGUUCCUCAAAGAGGACGGCAAAAUGGUCUGCCCCUACAAGCCUCAUCGUGAAGACGAAUACGAGAACUUCGACGCAACCACGCAAUGUAGCACACGAAACCUAGCCAGCCGCAACCUCGCCGAGCUGGACGACGUCCUCUGGCCAGCUUACCGCCCCAGCCUCACCCAAGCCCCUGAUUCGCUUCCGCCCAACUCGUACGAAGUGCAGGUCGGCGAGGUGCUGAGGAAGAACCCGCAGCCGAAUAUCGUACGGUACUUGGGCUGUGUCGUCAAGGGAGGCAAGAUCCGGGGUCCCCUUCUCGCCAAGUACGCCGAAAUGCUCUACGAGCGGUGGCGUACAGAGCUUGCGCUGCCUCUCGGCAUGGAGGUGUAUCGCUAG